AUGGGAAAAUCAACACAAGUUGAUGGCGAUAAUAAUCCAACUUCGCUGGAGUCAGAUCCCGCUAAAUUAUUGGAAGCAGCUCUUCUCCAAAUGGAUGGAAUUAUAGCCGAAGCGGGCGGCGCUCCGGCGGGGGCGACGACGCCGAGCGGUCCGGGGCGGGCGGCGAGAGCGCGCGCCCUAGAGCUCGCCCAACAGCUCGCGUCGUCGCUGCAGCACGCGAUCCCGCCGCCACCGCGGCCCGACUUCACCACGGCGAGCGCCAUACUACGCUGGCUGCAACAGAACAACAACUCUGUCGCCCUGGGCAAUUUUGAGGGCACUCACGCGAUUUUAAAUCCUGCUUCACCGCGUCUCGACGUCAUCGGGGAGCGCCGUACUGCGCUGGCUGCAGAACCACGACUAUCGCCCUUG